GCCUUCUAGAAACAAUUUGAUGUGUGUGCCUUGCAGACCUAUGCUGGUUCUCUGUUGUCUGCAGGAUAAAGUCCAGACUACGCAGUGGGGCCCUAGGACACCCUCACUGACCCCACGAUGGUACAGAUGCUCCUCAGCUUACAAUGGAGUUACAUCCUGGUAGACCCAUUAUAAGCUGAAAAUAGCGUAAAUCGAAAAUAAAUGCAUCUAAUGCACCUAACCUACUGAACACCAUAGUUUAGCCUAGCCUACUUUACACGAGCUGAGCACACUCACAGUAGUCUACAAUUGGGCAAAAUCACCUAGCAACAUGGUCCACUCUGGAGUGCUCAUUGUUCACCCUUGUGAUAGAGUGGAUAACUGGGAGCUAGCAUCACGAGAGAGUAGCACAUCACCUAUCUCUAGUCCAGGAAAAGAUCAGAAUCCAAAAUUGGAAGUAUAGUUGCCACUGAAUGGGUAUUGUUUUCACAGCAUUGUAAAGUUGAAAAAUUCUCAGUUGAGCCUUGGAAGAUCAGGGACCGCCUGUACUUGAAUCUUCCAAGUCUGACCUGGACCUUCAUGCUGCAGUUUGCUGUGUUGGUCCCUCACCCUGGAGCAUCUCCUUAGCCAUUUGGAAUUUUAUUCCUCCUUCAUUCUCACCGUCUCUAAUUGCUGAGUAACAAAGUUCCAUUUCACUGACUCAUGGGUAGAUAUGAGGGACCCAUGUACAUGUGGAUUCCAUGGGGGUUUGAAAUGCUCCGAUGCCACUCGAUAGAUAAAAAUGUUCUGUGAGUUUAGAGAACGGAGCCACACUGAGCCGAGCUAGCCCCUUUGGGAAACAUAGGGAGAAAUUGGCAUCAUGAAGUGAUGAAGGGAGGGAUUUGGGUUAAAGAAUAGAAUGCUCGGUUUGUUUCAAGAAGGUACGUGAGUUGGGGAGCAUGGAAGGGAAGAUGCCUCUUCCUGGCCACUGACCCCCAGUGGAUCACACAGAGGGUAGACUGGUACGAGCUGAGAGGUGUGCUCCUCUUGGAGGGCAGGGAAGGCGGAGGAGAUGGCUCCGGCCCUACCCUGUUGACGGUCUUGCAUGUGUGGUUGCCAGUAUCCUCCUACCUGGCUCUGUAACAUCCUUCCUCCCCGCUCUCCUGCUCUCCCCAGGUGUAAUUACUUCAAGCCUCCAGGAUGGCAAUCCAGUUCCGUUCGCUCUUCCCCUUGGCGUUGCCUGGGAUGCUGGCACUCCUCGGCUGGUGGUGGUUUUUCUCUCGUAAAAAAGGCCAUGUCAGCAGCCAUGAUGGGCAGGUGGAGGCUGGUGCUGUGCAGCUGAGGGCUGACCCUGCCAUCAAGGAACCUCUCCCCGUGGAAGACGUCUGUACCGAAGUAGUGUCCACACCCCCCAGUGUCACAGAGCUGCCGGAAAAGGAACUGUCCACCGUGAGCAAGCUGCCUGCAGAGCCCCCAGCAUUGCUCCGGACACACCCACCUUGCCGAAGAUCAGAGUCCUCGGGCGUUCUUCCUAACACCACAGACAUGAGAUCGCGACCAGGAACACGCAGAGACGACAGUACAAAGCUGGAGCUAGCUCUGACAGGUGGCGAAGCCAAAUCGAUUUCUCUAGAGUGCCCCCUUUCAUCUCCAAAGGGUGUACUAUUCCCCCACAAAUCAGCUGAGGUGUGUAAGCAAGACUCCCUGUUCAGCAGGGUGCCAAGGAGGGUCCAGCCAGGCUACCCUGCAGUCCCCACAGAGAAGCGUAGCUCUGGGGAGAGGGCAAGAGAGACAGGUGGGGCCGAAGGGACCGGUGAUGCCGUGUUGAGGGAAAAGGUGCUUGAAGAAGCUCUAUUGUCUCAGGAGCAUGUCUUGGAAUUGGAGAACAGCAAGGCCCCCAGCCUGGCCUCUUUAGACGGGGAAGAAGAUAAGGGGAAGAGCAGCUCAUCCCAGGUCGUGGGGCCGGUGCAGGAGGAAGAGUAUGUAGCAGAGAAGUUGCCAGGUGGGUUCAUUGAGUCGGCUCACACAGAGCUGGCAAAGGACGAUGCGGCGCCAGCACCCCCAGUCACAGACGCCAAAGCCCAGGACAGAGGUGUCGAGGGAGAACUGGGCAAUGAGGAGAGCUUGGAUAGAAAUGAGGAGAGCUUGGGUAGAAAUGAGGAGAGCUUGGAUAGAAAUGAGGAGAGCUUGGGUAGAAAUGAGGAGAGCUUGGAUAGAAAUGAGGAGAGCUUGGGUAGAAAUGAGGAGAGCUUGGACAGAAAUGAGGAGAGCUUGGAUAGAAAUGAGGAGAGCUUGGAUAGAAAUGAGGAGAGCUUGGAUAGAAAUGAGGAGAGCUUGGAUAGAAAUGAGGAGAGCUUGGAUAGAAAUGUGGAGAGCUUGGAUAGAAAUGAGGAGAUUGAGCAGGCUGCCUUCCAGAUAAUCUCCCAAGUGAUCUCAGAAGCAACCGAACAGGUGCUGGCCACCACGGUGGGCAAGGUUGCAGGUCGUGUGUAUCAGGCCAGUCAGCUCCAAGGGCAGAAGGAAGAGAGCUGUGUCCCAGUUCACCAGAAAACUGUCUUGGGCCCAGACGCUGCGGAGCCUGCCACAGCAGAGGCAGCUGCUGCCCCACCGGAUGCUGCCCUCCCCUUGCCAGGCCUACCAGCAGAGGGCUCACCACCACCAAAGACCUACGUGAGCUGCCUGAACAGCCCUCUGUCCAGCCCCACCAAGGACGGUAAGCCAAAGAUCUCUGCACACCACAUCUCCCUGGCCCCCUGCCUGGCACCGACCACCCCCAGUGAAGAGUCGCCGGACCGGGCAGGCAUCCUGGUGGAAGAUGCCACCUGUGUCACCUGCAUGUCAGACAGCAGCCAAAGUGUCCCUUUGGUGGCUUCCCCAGGACACUGCUCAGAUUCUGUCAGCACUUCAGGGCUUGAAGAGUCUUGCACAGAGACCAGCUCAAGCCCCAGGGACAAGGCCAUCACCCCGCCACUGCCAGAAAGUACUGUGCCCUUCAGCAAUGGGGUGCUGAAGGGGGAGUUGUCAGACUUGGGGGCUGAGGAUGGAUGGACCAUGGAUGCGGAAGCAGAUCAUUCAGGAGGUUCUGACAGGAACAGCAUGGAUUCUGUGGAUAGCUGUUGCAGUCUCAAGAAGACUGAGAGCUUCCAAAAUGCCCAGGCAGGCUCCAACCCUAAGAAGGUCGACCUCAUCAUCUGGGAGAUCGAGGUGCCAAAGCACUUAGUCGGUCGGCUAAUUGGCAAGCAGGGGCGCUAUGUGAGUUUUCUGAAGCAAACAUCUGGUGCCAAGAUCUACAUUUCAACCCUGCCUUACACCCAGAGCGUCCAGAUCUGCCACAUAGAAGGCUCUCAACAUCAUGUAGACAAAGCGCUGAACUUGAUUGGGAAGAAGUUCAAAGAGCUGAACCUCACCAAUAUCUACGCUCCCCCAUUGCCUUCCCUGGCGCUGCCUUCUCUGCCGAUGACAUCCUGGCUCAUGCUGCCUGAUGGCAUCACCGUGGAGGUCAUUGUGGUCAACCAGGUCAAUGCCGGGCAUCUGUUCGUGCAGCAGCACACACACCCUACCUUCCACGCACUGCGCAGCCUCGACCAGCAGAUGUACCUCUGUUACUCUCAGCCUGGAAUCCCCACCUUGCCCACCCCAGUGGAAAUAACGGUCAUCUGUGCCGCCCCUGGUGCGGACGGGGCCUGGUGGCGAGCCCAAGUGGUUGCCUCCUAUGAGGAGACCAACGAAGUGGAGAUUCGAUACGUGGACUACGGCGGAUAUAAGAGGGUGAAAGUAGACGUACUCCGGCAGAUCAGGUCUGACUUUGUCACCCUGCCGUUUCAGGGAGCAGAAGUCCUUCUGGACAGUGUGAUGCCCCUGUCAGACGAUGACCAGUUUUCACCUGAAGCAGAUGCCGCCAUGAGCGAGAUGACAGGGAAUACAGCACUGCUUGCUCAGGUGACAAGUUACAGUCCAACUGGUCUUCCUCUGAUUCAGCUGUGGAGUGUGGUUGGAGAUGAAGUGGUGUUGAUAAACCGGUCCCUGGUGGAGCGAGGCCUUGCCCAGUGGGUAGACAGCUACUACGCAAGCCUUUGACCCCCAUGCUGCUUCCUGAGAGUCUUUUUUUGCACUGUUGAAAUUGGGCUUGGCACUCAAGUCAAAGAUUAACAUCAGAAUAACAAACAUUGUCCUCUCCAGAAAGUCCUUUCUUCCUCCAUACUGUAGUCCUAUUGAGAAGAAGAGAAGACGUUUCGUCUCUGAGAAAAAAGGAUGAAGCUAUGGGUUCUCUUCUCAAAGCCAAAGGAUAGUGUUUAACAAGCCAGCUGGCUUAUCCUGGUUCUCAGCUGUUUAAAAAAAAAGGAAUAGAAACAGUCUCAACCAGAUUGUCCUAUUCCCCCCUGUUCCAUUCCCCUCUUCUUCGUUCUGUCCCCUUCCCCGGCAAAAACCAAACAAACUGGCAGACAGGCCAGGGAUGUAUGUUGCUUGCUUGAGAGGGUUUCUUUUACUUCAAAAUCUUUCUUCAGGGAGCAAGACAUGAACUGACUAAUUGGUAUCCACUAGUGGUACAGCUUACAUAAAUGAAUUGAUGAUAUUUAACCAGUUUUUAUAAACUCCAUUUAGGUCUCUAAACACAGACUUUUUAAAUUGUAACUGUAAAUAUGAAACGGUCAUCACACCUGACCUUGGUCAGUGGGGAGGGGAACUGGUAUCCUGCCAAGCCUGGUUGUAAUUUGUAACCAUUUUCUAUUUGUGCAAACUCUGUAAAUAUGUGUUUAAACAAAUGUAAUAUUUUGUACAAGAUACACUGGAGAACAAAGGGAAUUCAAGAUUUUUCCAGCCACAUGUUACCUGUAAGUAGAAGUAAACUCUGCAGUGCAGCUUCCGCUCUUGGCCCCUCUGGCCCCUGUGGCUUCCUGCACAGGAUGGGUGACUAUAUGGUAGAGACUGUGAUCUGGGAACUUUUUGCUGUACAAAUCUGUUUAAAAAAAAAUAGUAACUCAUUGAAUUAACUUGCAGUGGUGUGUUUGAUUCUUUUUUAGACUGGCUUCAGCAUUGUGCAGUUUAAAAAUAAGUAACUUAAGUAACUUACAUAAAUCCUCCAUUGUAUGAACUA